AUGACAAUCAACGACGACAAAGCUACCAUCGCCAUAGACAGAGGUGGAACCUUCACCGACAUCAUCUACAAAUAUAGAGGAAAGGAAGAGGUUUUCAAGAUUUUGUCUGUUGAUCCCGAAAACUACGACGAUGCAAAUAUUGAAGGAAUAAGAAGAGUCCUUGAGGUAAUUGAAGGUCGAAAGAUUCCCCGCGGCAUACCUUUAGAUACAAAAAUGGUAUCUUCUAUUCGAUUGGGUACUACUGUGGCCACGAAUGCUUUGUUGGAAAGGAAAGGUGCAAGGUGCGCCUUGGUGACCACCAAAGGAUUCAAGGAUUUGCUACACAUAGGAGAUCAGUCACGUCCAGACUUAUUUGCCCUUGACAUAGUGAAACCAGAUGUACUUUUCGAGCAUGUUAUUGAAGUUGAUGAGCGAGUUACUAUGCCAGCCUUUACUGCUGAUCCGACUGGUUACGAUGCUCAAGACUUGUUUGAUGAACAUAAAUUCGUUCGUGGAGAAACCGGAGAGAUAUUCGAGAUUCUCAAGCCUUUGAAUAAAGAGGAGGUAGAGUGCCAGUUGCUUCUUGCGAAGGAGGCUGGUAUAAAUUCCAUUGCUGUUGUUUUUGCACAUGGCUACAACUUUCAGGUUCAUGAAAAGAAAGUUGGUGAAAUUGCGAGUCAGUUAGGAUUCACAAACAUCUCGUUAUCUCACGAGUUAUUGCCAGUUAUCAAAAUGAUUACCCGCGGCCAAUCCGCUGUUGUGGAUGCAUAUUUAACACCGAUAGUUGCAGAUUAUAUCAAUAGCUUUUUGUGCGGUUUCAAGGAAGACUUCCAGAAGCAUACUAAAAUUGAAUUCAUGCAAUCAGACGGUGGAUUAUGUUCACAUCAAAAUUUCAAAGGUUUGCGUGCCAUUCUCUCGGGUCCUGCUGGUGGUGUCGUUGGUUUGGCUAAAACUUCUUACGACAACGACUUGAAAAUACCUGUUAUUGGUUUCGAUAUGGGUGGAACUUCCACAGACGUAUCCAGGUAUGCUGGAUCAUAUGAGUUCUCUUUUGAGACUUCGGUGGCUGGAAUCAAACUUGCUGCUCCUCAGUUGGAUAUAAAUACCGUUGCUGCUGGUGGAGGCUCGAUUCUCAGUUAUCGAAAUGGUGUUUUUGUUGUUGGUCCCGAGUCUGCUGGUGCUCACCCCGGUCCAGCAUGCUACCGUAAGGGAGGCCCAUUGACCGUUACAGAUGCGAAUUUGUUCACUGGUCGAAUUAUUGCAGAGUAUUUCCCCAAGAUCUUUGGUCCUAAUGAGGACCAGCCACUUGACUUCGGAAUAACUAAGAGAAAGUUUGAAGAAUUGACGGAAAUCAUUAAUAAGGAGAAUCCAGGAAUUAAAAAGUCAUCUCUCGAAGUCGCAAUGGGAUUUUUAGAGGUUGCAAACUACCAGAUGGCUAGACCAAUCCGAGAUUUGACGGAUUCUAAAGGCAAUGAUGUUUCCAAACAUAUAUUGGCAUCAUUUGGUGGUGCCGGUGGGCAGCACGCUGUCGGCAUUGCCAAAUUGUUAAAAAUCAAGCAAGUUGUGAUUCAUAAGCAUUCUUCUGUUUUAUCAGCAUAUGGUAUCUCUUUGGCUGAUAUUGUUGUUGAAAAGCAAGAACCGGUAUCUUUCGUAUACGGUUCUGCUGCUCUUGGUGAGAUCAAGCGAAGACUCCUGAUCUUGAAGUCAUCUGCACAAGAGAGACUUGAAGAGGAAGGUGUCUUGGAGUCCACCAUUGAAUACACGAGCUAUAUUAAUAUGGGAUAUAAGGGCUCAGAUACACGUCUCAUGAUUCAACAUCUGAAUGAAAUUGACUUCCUCACGCAGUUCUACGAACAGCAUCAGAAGGAAUUUGCAUUCAAUGAUUCUGACCGAGAUGUCCUCGUUUCAGAUAUUCGUGUCAGAGCGACCGGUAACAGCUUGGGCAAUUUAAGCGAACGUUCCGCCCUAAAGGAUUUAAGGAUCUACAGUGAAAACGAACCGCUUGACAAGUUUCAUGCCUCACGUCCUAUGUAUUUCCAAGACGGAAUCCACGAGGCAAAAGUUUACCUCUUACAAGAUUUGUCAUCGGGAGAUGUGAUUCAAGGACCUGCGAGCAUACUCAACGAAACCCAAACAAUCAUUGUGACACCCGAGUCAAAAGCAACGAUCUUACCAAGGCAUAUUGUUAUCGACUUAGAGACCGACCUGAGGUGUGAUGUUGACACUGAUGUGGUCGAUCCUAUCCAGCUCGCUAUCUUCUCAAGCAGAUUCAUGUCCAUUGCUGAUGACAUGUCCAGAACACUUCAAAAGAUCUCUGUGAGUGCUAAUAUCAAAGAACGUUUAGAUUAUUCUUGCGCUCUUUUUGAUAAUCAGGGAAAUUUGUGCGCGAAUGCUCCAAAUGUUCCGGUUCAUUUGGGCUCGAUGUCUUCUGCGAUUAAAUGUCAAUUGGAUUAUUGGGGCUCUGAUUUGAAAGAGGGUGACAUUUUGUGCACAAACUCUCCGUCUGUUGGUGGUACUCAUCUUCCUGAUAUUACCGUUAUUUCACCCGUUUUCAUUGAUGGAGUUAUUCAAUUUGUAGUUGCUGCUCGAGCUCAUCAUUCUGAAAUCGGUGGAACAACGCCGGGAUCUUCCUCUUCUUAUGCGAGAGAUAUUCAUGAGGAAGGCGUCAACAUUGAGUAUUGGAAAAUUGUAUCGGGGGGCCGGUUUGACGAUGAAGGCUUGAUUAAGCACUUUGUUGAUACUCCCAGAACUUGGGGUGUCUCGGGAACUCGAAAUCUAGGAGACAAUAUCUCGGAUUUGAAAGCACAGAUCGCAUCUAAUCAACGUGGAAUCAAUCUUAUCAGGGAGCUUUUCGAAGAGUAUAGUACCGAAACUGUGUUAUUUUACAUGAAAAACGUCAAGAGAACUGCCGAGGUUGCAGUGAGAAAUUUUCUAAAAGAUUACUACCAAACCAAUCAAGAAAAGUUACCAUUAAAAGCAGUUGACUACAUGGAUGAUGGGUGCAAGAUACAAGUAACCAUUGAUAUCUUGAGCGACCUGGGAACAGCAAUUAUCGACUUUGAGGGUACCUCUCUUGAAUCAUAUUCCAACUUGAAUGCUCCAAAAUCUACCACUUAUUCAGCAAUUAUAUAUGUUUUGAGAUGUAUGAUCGACCUUGAAAUCCCCUUAAAUCAAGGUUUCUUGGAUGCUUGUGUCGUGAAAAUUCCCGAGAACACUCUUAUCAAUCCAUCAAAGUUCGCUGCUGUUUGUGCUGGAAACGGAAUGACAUCUCAGAGAGUUACUGACUGUUUAUUUAGGGCAUUUGGAUUAACGUCAGCAACUGGUGGCUGCAUGAAUGGAAUCAACUUUGGAAUUGGAGGAGAGCUACCAACUGGAGAAGUCGUGAAGGGAUUUGGAUACACAGAAACAGUCGGCCAAGGAAACUGUGCUGGAAUUGUUAAAAAGGAUGGCAUUCGUUAUGGCUUUCACGGAUUUUCAGGUACUCAGACGAACAUGACAAAUACUCGAAUUACUGAUCCAGAGGUCUUAGAACAACGGUAUCCUUGCUACCUUCACGAGUAUUGCGUUAGAAAGGGAAGUGGAGGUAGAGGAAAGUUCAAUGGAGGCGAUGGAUUAAUAAGAGAAAUUGAAUUCCAAAGUGAAGUUCAUCUUUCCUUAGUGACCCAAAGAAGAGUUUACAGUCCAUGGGGAAUUUACGGAGGAGAAGAUGGUAAAAAGGGAGAAAAUUACUUGGGAAGAAAUAGGGGAUCUACGAUUCAAUGGAUCCAGCUUCCGUCUUUAGCAGAGAUUAAGAUGAAGAAGGGCGAUAUUAUUCGGAUCUUGACACCAGGUGGUGGUGGUUUUGGAAAAGUAACUGAUACAGACGAGUACUGGGGAAUUACUGGAAAGAAACGGUCCACAAAACAGGCUCCUUUAUCCGGAGGUACUAUUGGACGUUUGACGGAAGAAGCUUCGUGUUCCCAAUGA